AUCAUGCUUCUGACUGACCCGGAGGUGGAAAGCAGCCUGCUGAUCAGCUCCGAUGAGGGAGCAACCUAUCAGAAGUACCGCCUCAGCUUCUACAUCCUCAGCCUGCUCUUCCACCCCGAGCAGGAGGACUGGAUCCUUGCCUACAGCCACGACCAGAAGGUAAGAGGAGAGGGAGGGGGGAUCACUGAACUACUGACUGACACACACGCACACAUACACACAGAGAUCACUUAACUACUGUAUCUGGUAGCUAGCUACAGUCUCUUCUGUCAUCAGAGGCUUUCUGUCUCGCGUAAGUUUUGCCCUCUAGCAGACAUCAAAACAAGACGAACUGUUAUGAGUCAGGCGGUGGUGCGAAAGUGAGGUGUAAGGCGGCAUCAGUUGGGGACUAUUUACUCUGCAGUUGAGUGAGUGGGGUUACCAUGGCGAGAGGAUAAUGUCUGACUCAUGAGAGAGAGAGAGAGAGAGAGAGAGAGAGAGAGAGAGAGAGAGAGAGAGAGAGAGAGAGAGAGAGAGAGACAUAUCAGUGGAUUUAAACUUAUGAUAGCUCUCAACUAUGAGUGAUUCUAUGUAAUAUAUUGGAGUUUAGACGAGUGGCAAAGUCAAGUGUUCAUAACUUCCUCAACGAUUUGCUUUAUUUGAAUAAAUUGAGUUUCUGUGGCUGAGACUAGAGCCAUAUACUCAAUCUACUCCAUAUUGCUGUAUAUGGAACCAUACUCCAUAUACUCCAUAUAUAGUGCCAUACUGUAUACUCAAUAAUCUCCAUAUAUAGUGCCAUACACUUAAUAUACUCCAUAUUCUUCAUAGAGUCCUACUGUAUAUGUGGCUCAGGUGGCCCUACAUGAGGAUUUUCCGGUGCAGUUUGGGGACUUUUGAGGACGAAUCCCUAAGUCCCUUAAGCUCCUCAUCCAUUAAAUGUAGGCCCGGGAUUCCUUCCAAUAACUUUAUGAGAAAGCAAACCAACAGAGGUGAUCCCCGAUAAACAGUCAUAAGCACCUUAACAAAGGUUAAACGUGAAUUAUAUACCCUUAGACCGAGGAUUUGACUAAUUCCUUUUCUCCAUGACUCAGGGAUUUGAUAUCCCCUAUUUUCGGUCAAGGCAUCAAAUGUAUAAAAAAUGUGGUGAUGAAUCAUCAAGAUUCGAGUCCAAGGGAAUGAAGUGCAUAUGUUUUAAGAAUAAAUAACCAUCUAAUUUAUGAGACGCUGUCUGAUGAUGGUAAUUACCGAUGAACUGCUGAGGCAAGAGAUGGUAAUAUGUAAAAUAUAUAUUCCAUGCCUGCGAUUUAUAGCCAUUUUGAGAAUGACCAUUACCAUUAAUAAAAUGCCUUGCUUGCAGCCAGAGCAAUUUGGGCCUAAUGUUUCACAUCUGAUAAAUAAUUAAUGUGUCUUUUUUUUCAGAGGAGGUACUUAGUGUACCUUGGGAGGUGUUUGGCUGUAGUUAUAAGAUGCAACUGGCCAUGCAUAUACACUGAGUGUACAAAACAUUAAGAACAUCUUCCUAAUAUUGAGUUGAACUAUCAUACCCCGUUCAAAGGCACUUAAAUAUUUUGUCUUGCCCAUUCACCCUCUGAAUGGCAUACAAACAAAAUCCAUGUCUUUAUUGUCCUUCUUUAACCUGUCUCCUCCACUUCAUCUACACUGAUUGAAGUGGAUUUAACAGGUAACAUCAAUAAGGGAUCAUAGCUUUUACCUGGAUUCACCUGGUCAGUCUAUGUCAUGGAAAGAGCAGGUGUUUGUACACUCAGUGUAUACAGCAUACAGGUGUAAUAUACAGUACCAGUCAAAAGUUUGGACACACCUACUCAUUCCAGGGUUUUUCUUUAUUUUUUACUAUUUUCUACAUUGUAGAAUAAUAGUGCAGAGAUCAAAACUAUGAAAUAACACAUAUGGAAUCAUGUAAUAACCAAGAAAGUGUUAAACAAAUCAAAAUAUAUUUUUAUAUUUGAGAUUCUUCAAAGUAGCCACCCUUUGCCUUGAUGACAGCUUUGCACUGUCUUGGCAUUCUCUCAACCAGCUUCAUCUGGAAUGCUUGAAUGAGUAGAUGUGUCAACUUUUGAUUGGUACUGUACCUGGGCUCCCGAGUGGCGCAGCGGUCUAAGGCACUGCAUUUCAGUGCUAGAGGCAUCUCAACAGACCCUGGUUUGAUUCCAGGCUGUAUCACAAUCUGGCUGUGAUUGGGAGUCCCGUAAGGCGGUGCACAAUUGGACUAACGUCGUCCGGGUUUGGCCGGGGUAGGCUGUCAUUGUAAAUAAGAAUUUGUUCUUAACUGACUUGCCUGGUUAGAUAAAUAAAAACCUGCACCCUCGUUCUAUCAAUCUUUCUUUCUCUCAAUCGCUCACUCUCUCCUUGGCUACCCUUACUCUGGCCAAAUGCUACGCCACGCCCACAGACGUUAGUUUCUUCUCCGCAAUGAGUACCUCUCCAACGAUUUCUUGAAUGCAAACAAAUUCUAACCGUUCUGAUUGGUCCCAGAAACCGAUGGGUUGGGCCAGCGCCAGAAAUGAUCCAAUCACUGAUGACUUUGUUUUGUACAACACCCCUUAUUUGGAUGUCACCACAAAUGACUUAAAUGAUGGCAGUCUCAGACUGAAGUAUGUAGUGAACAUAGAGCAGCGGAAUAAUUCAGUUUGAGUCGUCAGGUAAAUUACCUUCCUCCCUCCCUCCCUUCCUUCCUCACUCACUCACUCUCUCUCUCUCUCUCCUACUCCAGUCUUUCCCUUUCCCUUAGAGCUAUUCCUCCUCAUUAUUUGCAUUUCCUAGAUUGAGGGACUUGCCCGGCUCUCUAGAAAACACACACACACGCACACACACACACACACACACACACACACACACACACACACACACACACACACACACACACACACACACACACACACACACACACACACACACACACACAGAUCACUUAACUACUGUAUCUGGUAGCUACUUUCAGUCUCUAUUGUCAUCAGAGGCUUUCUGUCUUUCGUCGAGUUUGCCCUCUGUCAAACAUCAAAACAAGGUGAGCUGUUAUGAGUCAGGCGGAGGGUGAGAGUGAGGGGUGAGGCGGCAUCAGUUGGGGACUAUUUUCUCUGCCGGUGAGUGAGUGGCGUAACCAUGGUGAGAGGCUAUUGUCUGACUCAUUACUCAUAUUCAGAUAUGACAAAGAGAGAGGGAGGAGGGGGAGAGAGAGAGCAGAGAGGGAGAGAGUUGACAAAGCGAAAACAGGUUUUUAGACCUUUUUGCAAAUGUAUUAAAAAUUAAAAACAGAUACCUUAUUUACAUACGUAUUCAGCUCAGGUGUAUCCUAUUUCCAUUGAUCAUCAUUGAGAUGUUUCUACAACUUGAUUGGAGUCCACCUGUGGUAAAGUCAAUUGAUUGGACAUGAUUUGGAAAGGCACACACCUGUCUAUAUAAGGUCCACAGUUGACAGUGCAUGUCAGAGCAAAAACCAAGCCAUGAGGUCGAAAAAAUUGUCCGUAGAGCUCCGAGACAGGACUGUGUCGAGUUACAGAUCUGGGGAAGGGUACCAAAAAAUGUCUGCAGCAGUGAAGGUCCCCAAGAACAUAGUGGCCUCCAUGAUUCUUAAAUGGAAGAAGUUUGGAACCACCAAGACUCUUCCAAGAACUGGCCAAACUGAGUAGUCGGGGGAGAAGGGCCUUGGUCAGGGAGUCCCUCUCUGGAGAUGGGAGAACCUUCCAGAAGGACAACCAUCUCUACAGCACUCUACCAAUCAGGCCUUUAUGGUAGAGUGGCCAGACGGAAGCCAUUCCUCAGUAAAAGGCACAUGACAGCCCGCUUGGAGUUUGCCAAAAGGCACCUAAAGGAUUCUCAGACCAUGAAUAACAAGAUUCUCUGGUCUGAUGAAACCAAGUUUGAACUCUUUGGCCUGAGUGCCAAGCAUCACAUCUGGAAAAAAAUAGGGACUGGGAGACUAGUCAGGAUCAAGAGAAAGAUGAACGGUGCAAAGUACAGAGAGAUCCUUGAUGAAAACCUGCUCCAGAGUGCUAAGGACCUCAGACUGGGGCGAAGGUUCACCUUUCAACAGGACAACGACCCUAAGCACACAGCCAAGACAGCGCAGGAGUGGCUUCGGGACAAGUCUCUGAAUGUCCUUGAGUGGCCCAGCCAGAGCCCAGACUUGAACCCGAUCGAACAUCUCUGGAGAGACCUGAAAAUACUUGUGCAGCGACCAUCCCCAUCCAACCUGACAGAGCUUGAGAGGAUCUGCAGAGAAGAGUGGGAGAAAGUCCCCAAAUACAGGUGUGCCAAGCUUGUAGCGUCAUUUAUAUUUAUAUUUUAGUCAUUUAGCAGACGCUCUUAUCCAGAGCGACUUACAGGAGUAUUUAGGGUUAAGUGCCUUGCUCAAGGGCACAGAUAGAUUUUUCACCUAGUCGGCUCGGGGAUUAGAACCAGCAACCUUUCAGUUACUGGCACAACGCUCUUAACCACUAAGCUACCUGCCGUCAUACCCAAGAAGACUCAAGGAUAUAAUCGCUGCCAAUGGUGCUUCAACAAAGUACUGAAUAAAUGGUCUGAAUACUUAUGUAAAUGUGAUAUUUCCGGUUUUUAUUUGUAAUACAUUUGCAAAAAUUUCUAAAAACCUGUUUUUGCUUUGUCAUUGUGGGGUAUUUUGUGUAGAUAGAUGAGGAUUAAAAAUCAGUUUCAUAAUAAGGCUGUAAAGUAACAAAAUGUGGAAAAAGGCAAGGGGUCUGAAUACUUUCCGAAUGCAUUGUAUAGUGCCAUAUGCUCUAUGCUCCAUAUACUUCAUAGAGUCCUAUAGGUGGUCCUACAUUAGGAUUUUCUGUUACAAUACAGUGGCUUGCGAAAGUAUUCACCCACCUUGGCAUCUUUCCUAUUUUGUUGCCUUACAACCUAGAAUUUUAAUGGAUGUUUUUGGGGUUUGUAUCAUUUGAUUUACACAACAUGCCUACCACUUUGAAGAUGCAAAAUAUUUUUUCUUGUGAAACAAACAAGAAAUAAGACCAAAAAAACAGAAAACUUGAGCGUGCAUAACUAUUCACCCCCCUAAAGUCAAUACUUUGUAGAGCCACCUUUUGCAGCAAUUGCAGCUGCAAGUCUCUUGGGAUAUGUCUCUAUAAGCUUGGCACAUCUAGCUACUGGGAUUUUUGCCCAUUCUUCAAGGCUAAACUGCUCCAGCUCCUUCAAGUUGGAUGGGUUCUGCUGGUGUACAGCAAUCUUUACCACAGAUUCUCAAUUGGAUUGAGGUCUGGGCUUUGACUAGGCCAUUCCAAGACAUUUACAUUUUCCCCCAUAAACCACUCGAGUGUUGCUUUAGCAGUAUGCUUAGGGUCAUUGUCCUGCUGGAAGGUGAACCUCCGUCCCAGUCUCAAUUCUCUGGAAGACUGAAACAGGUUUCCCUCAACAAUUUACCUGUAUUUAGCGCCAUCCAUCAUUUCUUCAAAUCUGACCAGUUUCCCCAGUCCCUGCUGAUGAAAAACAUCCCCACAGCAUGAUGCUACCACCACCAUGCUUCACUGUGGGGAUGGUGUUCUCAGGGUGAUGAGAGGUGUUGGGUUUGCGCCAGACAUAGCGUUUUCCUUGAUGGCCAAAAAGCUCAAUUUUAGUCUCAUCUGACCAGAGUACCUUCUUCCAUAUGUUUGGGGAGUCUCCACCAUGCCUUUUGGUGAACACCAAACGUGUUUGCAUAUUUUGUCUUUAAGCAAUGGCCUUUUUUUCAUUUCACUUCACCAAUUUGGACUAUUUUGUGUAUGUCCAUUACAUGAAAUCCAAAUAAAAAUAAUUUUAAAUUACAGGUUGUAAUGCAACAAAAUAGAAAAAACGCCAAGGGGGAUGAAUACUUUUGCAAGGCACUGUAUGGGGACUUUUGAGGACCAAUCCCUAAGUCCCUUAAAAGGAAAACUUCACAAUUUUUCAACUUCAUAUACAUUAUCACCCAAACAUCAACAUAUGUGACAAUGGUUUAUUUCGAUUUUUGGUAGUAAAAAAAGAUGGAGGAAGAUAACUGUUUCCAAUGACAUCAUCGUUGUGCAUCGUGUGAUUUUGACCAAUUGUGAGUAGGCAUUGCCAACUAAUUGCCUACUAAUUGUCUACUAAUUGGUUGAUGUCAUUGGAAAUACUUUUCUUUCUCUAUUGUUUUUACUACAAAACAUAGAAACACGGCAUGUUCACAAAUGUUAAUUUUGGGGUGGCGCUGGAAAUUAUGAAUAAUCCCUUUAAGAUCCUCAUCCGUUAAAUGUAGGCCCGGGAUUGCUUCCAGUAACUUUAUGAGAAAGCAAAACCAUCAGAGGUGAACCCCGAUAAACAGUCAUAAGCACCUUAACAAAGGUUAAACGUGUAUUAUAUACCCUUAGAUUUGAUAUCCCCAUUUAAGCUUGAUGCAUCAGUCAAACAUUUAAACAUUGUGCCUAUAAUCGUAAUGGGUCCAUAAUGGGUCCGCGGUCAAACGACCACCCCUCAUCACUGUCAAACGCUCCCUAAAACACUUUAGCGGGCAGGCCUUUCUAAUUGACCUGGCCCGGGUAUCCUGGAUGGAUAUUGUCCUCAUUCCGUCAGUAGAGGAUGCCUGGUUGAUCUUUAAAAGGGCUUUCCUCUCAAUCUUAAAUAAGCAUGCCCCCUUCAAAAAAUUCAGAACUAAGGACAGAUAUAGCCCUUGGUUCUCCUCAGACUUGACUGCACUUGACCAGCACAAAAACAUCCUGUGGCGUACUGCAUUAGCAUCGAACAGCACCUGCGAUAUGCAACUUUUCAGGGAAGUCAGGAACCAAUAUACACAAUCAGUUAGGAAAGCAAAGGCUAGCUUUUUCAAACAGAAAUUUGCAUCCUGUAGCACUAACUCCAAAAAGUUUUGGGACACUGUAAAGUCCGUGGAGAAUAAGAGCACCUCCUCCCAGCUGCCCACUGCACUGAGGCUAGGAAACAUUGUCACCACCGAUAAAUCUACAAUAAUCGAGAAUUUCAACAAGCAUUUUGCUACGGCUGGCCAUGCUUUCCACCUGGCUACCACUACCCCGGCCACCAGCUCUGCACCCUCCGCUGCAACUUGCCCAUGCCCCCCCCGCUUCUCCUUUACACAAAUUCAGACAGCUGAUGUUCUGAAAGAACUGAAAAAUCUGGAUCCCUACAAAUCAGCUGGGCUAGACAAUCUGGGCCCUUUCUUUCUAAAAUUAGGCAGUCUCUAUGGGGGUGCCACAGGGUUCAAUUCUCGGGCCGACUCUAUUCUCUGUGUAUAUCAAUGAUGUUGCUCUUGCUGCUGGUGACGCUCGGAUCCACCUCUAUGCGGACGACACCAUUUUGUAUACAUCUGGCCUUUCAUUGGACACUGUGUUAACAAACCUCCAAUCAAGCUUCAACGCAAUACAACACUCCUUCCAUAGACUCCAACUGCUCUUAAACACUAGUAAAAUGAAAUGCAUGCUCUUCAACCGAACGCUGCUUGCACCCGCCCACCCGACUAGAAUCACUACUCUCGGCGGGUCUGACCUAGAGUAUGUGGACAACUACAAAUACCUAGGUGCAGGGACGGCUUGUUCAAUAGGGCGAUAUGGGCGACGCACUGCCAAACGGGAAAAGGAAGGGAUUUUUUUUCUAAUCAAUUAUAUCACGGCAACAGCAGUUAUCAGUGUUCACGUCUGAUCUGCCAGCCACUAAAUGUCAAAUCAGGCUAAAGUCGUGCUUCAAAUGGCCCCGCCCGUUUUUUGGGCGAUUUCAGUCAGGUUGAAAAUCGCCCAGAAGUCUCUCAUAGCCUGUCAUGUAAAAUCUAUUUUUUUCACAUUUCAAAGCUUUCAAUACAUUCUCUAUGGGUGUCUGUGGGCAUGCACUUACGCGCUUUCGUCAUACGUGACGUAACGUUGAACGUAACUAAGACAAUGGCGGCUAGCAGCGUCUAUGUUGCGACCUGCAGUGUGGCGUUAUUUUAUGUUUUUAAUUUGUAGACUUAGUUUACAAACAUUCUGCAAACAUUCUGCUUUGGACUGAUCUUCGGUUUUGGACUGAUCUUGUUGAUCGUGUACAUACCCGCUACGAACGGACUAAAUAAUGAAAACGCUGCUGGCAGCGGAAUCCCAAUACAGUUGGGAGACUUGGCUGGAUGACAGAGUCCCGGACAGAGAGGUGGAGCCGGCCGGCUUCACCCUGGUCAGAGCGGACCGCGAUCCUGGUAAGAGAGCGACUCUGUACCCCGACAUUGAACUGCUUUCUGUGUCAUUGAACCUUACUAUUGUUGAUAAAACAAGUUUACUGGAGAACGGAGACCAAGUAGAGACUUUUGGACAAGGUGGAUAAUUGUAUAAUAUAAGGCAGUUUAUUCAGAGGUAAAGAUAUCUGGAAUCGCGUGCACGGACCCGUUCGUCAAACUCGUAGGGAGUUUAUCAGAAGAGCCCCUAAACAUUGUGUGCUGACAUUUUAUACAAUAAAAUGAAGUAGGUUGAAUCUAGUAGUUCUGAUCUUCUGAUUGGUCCUGAUGAGUUGGGCGAGGUCACCUCCAGGCUAGUGUCACUGUUGCAUUGGCUCUGAGUCGGGUUCUCUGUCUUCAGAUGUUCAGCCUAAGAGAAGAGGAUUUGUGUGUGUGUGUGUGUGUUUGUUAUCAGUGUGUGUGUGUGUGUGUGUGUGUGUGUGUGUGUGUUUGUUAUCAGUGAUGAUGUGUGUGUGUGUGUGUGUGUUUAUCAGUGAUGAUGUGUGUGUGUGUGUGUGUGUGUGUGUGUGUGUGUGUGUGGGUGUGUGUGUGUGUGUGUCCUCAGGGCAAGAACUCGUGAGUUGGAAGAACUGAGAGACCUAUGGCGUGGGUGUUAUCCUUAGCCACCUGCUGACAAGGCUGACAAGAUAGGACUCUUGUUCAUUGUAUUGAAUACAAAGGCCCAACACAAAAUGGGUCAUGCACAAGAUUUUAGUCAGACCAAGCUAUAACAUUAUAUAUUUACUACGACAGUACAUUCAACCAAAAGCUAAUAUAACAAAGGCAUCAGAGAUUAUUUAUAAUCUGUCACAGAAACUGGAAUCCAUCUCCCCAGAUCAGUCAAUAAAUGCUUCUGGUAUUGACUUAUAUGUUGCCCCUGUCUUCAUGUUGUUGCUGGACAUAUAUUUUUUAAAAUGUGUGUAGGUCACCUAAAUCAUCAGAAAAAUUGCCCCUCCUGAGAAUUUUUUCAGGAGCCGCCACUGCCUAGGUGUCUGGUUAGACUGUAAACUCUCCUUCCAGACUCACAUUAAGCAUCUCCAAUCAAAAGUUAGAUCUAGAAUCGGCUUCCUAUUUCGCAGCAAAGCAUCCUUCUCUCAUGCUGCCAAACAUGCCCUCGUAAAACUGACUAUCCUACCGAUCCUUGACUUCGGCAAUGCCAUUUACAAAAUAGCCUCCAACACUCUACUCAGCAAAUUGGAUGUAGUCUAUCACAGUGCCAUUCAUUUUGUCACCAAAGCCCCAUAUACUACCCACCAUUGUGACCUGUACGCUCUUGUUGGCUGGCCCUCACUACAUAUUCGUCGCCAAACCCACUGGCUCCAGGUCAUCUAUAAAUCACUACUAGGCAAAUCCCCAUCUUAUCUUAGCUCACUGGUCACCAUAGCAACACCCACCCGUAGUCUGCGCUCCAGCAGGUAUAUCUCACUGGUCAUCCCCAAAGCCAACACCUCCUUUGACCGCCAUUCCUUCCAGUUCUCUGCUGCCAAUGACUGGAACGAACUGCAAAAAUCUCUGAAGCUGGAGACUCUUAUCUCCCUCACUAACUUUAGGCGUCAGUUAUCAGAGCAGCUUACCGAUCACUGCACCUGUACACAGCCCAUCUGUAAUUAGCCCACCCAACUACCUCAUCCCCAUAUUGUUAUUUAUUUAGCUAAUUUGCACCCCAGUAUCUCUAUUUGCACAUCAUCUUUUGCACAUCUAUCAUUCCAGUGUUAAUACGAAAUUUUAACUAUUUUGCACUAUGGCCUAUUUAUUGCCUUACCUCCAUAAUUUACUACAUUCGCACACAUUGCAUAUAUAUUUUCUGUUGUAUUUUUGACUUUAUGUUUUGUUUACCCCAUAUGUAACUCUGUGUUGUUGUUUUUAUCGCACUGCUUUGCUUUAUCGUGGCCAGGUCGCAGUUGUAAAUGAGAACUUGUUCUCAACUGGCUUACCUGGUUAAAUAAAGGUGAAAUAAAAAAUGAAAUGCAUUGAUAUUGGAGUCCAAGGGAAUGAAAUGCAUAUGUUUAUCAAAUAAUCAUCUAAUGUAUGAGACACUGUCUUGUGAUGGUAAUUGUCGAUGAACUACUGAGGUAUGAGAGAAGGUAAUAUGUAAAAUAUGUAUUCCAGACCUACAAUUUAUAGCCAUUUUGAGAAUGGCCAUUACCAUUAAUACAAUGCCUUGCUUGCAGCCAGAGCCAUUUGGGCCUAAUGUUUAACAUCUGAUGAAUAUUGUCGUCCCCCCCCCCCCCCCCCCUCUCUCCUGCUCCCGUCUUUCCCCUUCUCUUUAUUUACUCUCAAUGGUGCCUUGGAGCUAUUCCUUCUUCCUCCUUGGCAUUUCCUAGAUUGAAGAACUUGCCUGGCUCUCUAGCCAGUACGUAUUUCAGUGUACAAAUCCCUCUCACUCUCCCUCCUCUCUGACUUGCCAGAUUAAGUGCUAACACAGUGUGUCCCAAAUUGCACCCUAUUCCCUACAUGGUGCACUACUUUUGACCAUAUCCAUAAGGUCCCUGGUUGAAAUUAGUGCACUAAAUAGGGAAUAGGGUGCAAUUUGAGACAAAGCCUCAGCGUGGGGGUUAGCUAAUUAGUCAGAGUGAUUUCCUGCCUCUCUACCCAUUCUGCUUGCAUCUGUUUAAUUCAGCUCUGUUCCUUAUGAAAGUCAUAGCUCAGUUGAAAUAGCAUUUUUCAAAAUUUUCUCUGCCAUGUAUUGACAUAGAAAUAUAUUGACCAUGUUCUGUGGCCAGAAUAACAUAUGCUCAUUGGCAGAUAUUUUAUAUGGCACAUAUGGUAUGGAAGGAACAGACUGUAUAGUACAUGCAGUACACUACAUACAUACAGUUGAAGUCAGAAGUUUACAUACACCUUAGCCAAAUACAUUUAAACUCAGUUUUUCACAAUUCCUGACAUUUAAUCCUAGUAAAAAUGCCCUGUCUUAGGUCAGUUAGGAUCAACACUUUAUUUUAAGAAUGUGAAAUGUCAGAAUAAUAGUAGAGAGAAUUAUUUAUUUCAGCUUUUAUUUAUUUCAUCACAUUCCCAGUGGUUCAGAAGUUUACAUACACUCAAUUAGUAUUUGGUAGCAUUGGCUUUAAAUUGUUUAACUUGGGUCAAACGUUUCGGGUAGCCUUCCACAAGCUUCCCACAAUAAGUUGGGUGAAUUUUGGCCCAUUCCUCCUGACAGAGCUGGUGUAACUGAGUCAGGUUUGUAGGCCUCCUUGCUCGCACCUGCUUUUUCAGUUCUGCCCACACAUUUUCUAUAGAAUUGAGGUCAGGGCUUUGUGAUGGCCACUCCAAUACUUUGACUUUGUUGUCCUUAAGCCAUUUUGCCACAACUUUGGAAGUACGCUUUGGGUCAUUGUCCAUUUGGAAGAGCCAUUUGCGACCAAGCUUUAACUUCCUGGCUGAUGUCUUGAGAUGUUGCUUCAAUAUAUCCACAUAAUUUCCCUUCCUCAUGAUGCCAUCUAUUUUGUGGAGUUUAUACUGCCGUACUAUUGUUUGUACAGAUGAACGUGGUACCUUCAGGCAUUUGGAAAUUGCUCCCAAUGACGAACCAGACUUGUGGAGGUCUACAAUUUUUUUUCUGAGGUCUUGGCUGAUUUCUUUAGAUUUUACCAUGAUGUCAAGCAAAGAGGCACUGAGUUUGAAGGUAGGCCUUGAAACACAUCCACAGGUACACCACCAAUUGUCUCAAAUGAUGUCAAUUAGCCUAUCAGAAGCUUCUAAAGCCAUGACAUCGUUUUCUGGAAUUUUCCAAGCUGUUUAAAGGCACCGUCAACUUAGUGUAUGUAAACUUCUGACCCACUGGAAUUGUGAUACAGUGAAUUAUAAGUGAAAUAAUCUGUCUGUAAACAAUUGUUGGAAAAAGGACUUGUGUCAUGCACAAAGUAGAUGUCCUAACUGACUUGCCAAAACUAUAGUUUGUUAACAAGAAAUGUGUGGAGUGAUUGAAAAACGAGUUUUAAUGACUCCAACCUAAGUGUAUGUAAACUUCCAACUUCAACUGUAGUAACGUGUUCAACCUGACCUGAUCUAUUGUUAUGGAAUGGUUAAUGAUGUUACAAAUGUUGUUAGUAUGUGUGGUGGACUGGAGACCUUAAUGGUUGGCGUUCACUGGUGUUCUUUGAAGACCAUUGUGUAAAGACCUUGUUUGAAGACCUUACGUAAUGGAACAUAAUGUCACUACAGUUCAAAUGCCUGCAAUUUAGCUUGGCUUUAAUGGUGGUUCGUAUUAGUUUAAUUAAACAUUAUUUUCAAUUAAAUAACAAUAAUUGUCAAGGGGAUUAUUUGAAUGAAAAUGUGCUGAUAUUGAGGUCUUUUAACUGAGGCCUUGACUUCACCCUUCAGGAAAGAGUAAAUAAAUACAAUUUAAAAAAUAAACAAAUAUUAACAAACAGUAUCACCAUUCAGUCGGCCGUUAAUAAAUGACUGUUUACAUAUUAUGCUUGAUUGCUCACGUUUAAAAUAGAAAUAGUCCACGAAUUAAAACAAUUAAAUUAAGUCUCACGCCUCGUUGACUUCUCUGCUGUAAUCAGUAAACAAAUAAAUCAUUUGGCUUGGUUUUGUUAAAAAAAAUAAUAAAAAAUAACACAUCCAAACUUCCACAACCUUACCAUUCUCACAAGGUUUGCGCCUCAUUGGCUAGACAGCAGUAAACAAACUAAGCUCAAAAAACAACAAACAAAACAAAGCCCAAUAUUGACAUCAUUCAUGUAAUUAUCUUGUAUAGUUCACAGUAACCAGUUAGUAAGAAAAAUGCUGACUCCAAAAUAAAUAGUGAAAUAAGAAGCAAACAAAAGGCAUUUAUUCCAUGAUUAUUCAGGAUAUUCAAUUGUACCACGCUUCCUUCCCCAAAUAAGCUUUCCUGUUUCUUGAAAGAAUCCCCCCUCGGCUCAAACCAUCUACAGAUAGAGAUUGUGAUAUCUUUGUGUGUGUGAACCAUCUCUGUGUAGCAGCUCUUAGUAGAAAUUGGGAUAUCUCAGCAACCUACCGAAGUGCUGACUAGCGAAACAAUGCUCACAUUGAGACCACCGGCUGUGCCCCGGCUCCCCUGCUAGAUCCCCCACCACACACACACACCAGCCCCCCUCCCCCCCGCUGAUCUCUAGCCUUGUUAGGAGUGUGUAGCCAUAUCUCCAGCACAAUGACACCCUCACCAUACAUGAUCCCUUUUACAGCUUCAUAUUUAACCUGGGAAUGUGUGUGGGGUUUUCACAUUGAAAGAAUGUGGGGAAUGUGUCCUCAGCUUCAGCCCUGUUCUGGUGAUUCAUCUGAGGCACAUUUUUGAUGCCCUCUUGUGCCAUGUGGGUAACAUAGCUUCUCAAGAAGGUAAAUUAACUUGAGAGCAAUUCUUCCUAUGGAAAUAGAAGUAUUGCAUGACAUUGAAAUUAUUGGUGAAGUGAACAGGACUAAUUAUACAACGAGUUAUGCUCAUAUUGUAUCACAUUGACAUGAAUGUAAUGGGAAAAUGCUAAACUUUUUGAAUUAAAGUAAAUUAUAUCUGGACUAUCAUUUAGGGUUUGUGUGUUGAAUGAUUAUUUUACAGUAUUAAUCUAACCUGUCUUGUCUGACUGAAUAGAGUAUGUAAUUCCCAUCGGCUUUCUCCCCACAGCUGUACAGCUCGGUGGAGUUCGGAAGGAGAUGGCAACUUGUCCAUGAGAGGGUGGCCCCCAAUCGAUUCUACUGGUAAGAACAGCAACCUACAACCUUCUUCCUGUCUUCCCUUCUGUCAAGACUAACUAUAAAUUGAAAUCCUUGUUGGUCUUUCCACAUUCUUAAUGGAUGGAGAUAUGGCAGAGUGAAUCGUCUUGUUUGCAUUAUAUUAUUGAUGUGUCUGCACCUAUGCUUUCUCAGCGUUAGAUAGCGAGGUACUGGCACUCCAAAGAUGUUCAGACUUCUAAUGAAUGCAGCGACCCAUAAGAGCUUGUUAGUGAAUUCACUGUGCUGAAUGUUUCAGCAUUUGCAAUGCAGCUAACAAUGUGGUCUUCAUUUGAUCGAGCGUGGAUAAUGAACAAGGGAAUGUCAACAGACAGAGUAGUCAACACAUGAGUGGGAUUGUGGAUGAGUUUUGUGAUCUCACUUGGGCCUGUUGGAGCUCAGGAGGGACCUGUUCAAUGUUUUUCCUAAAGCAAGGUUAUAUCCAAGGUUUUGGAGUUACAUUUGGAAUGUUAAAUUGAGGGAGAUAAAUGGAUUUGGAUUGCACAAUUAAUGCUGCAAAUAUAUAUUUAUAAUUCUCUAUUAUGAACUCCCCUAUCAUGGGAUACAGGAGUCCUUGAUAAUACUUGAUAGUAAGAGCAUUAUAGUUUGAUUUGAACUUGUGUUUGAACCAUAUAGCCCUAGGUCUCCGAUAGCAUGACCUUACUUGACCGUGUCAGUAAAAUCCACCCCAUGAGAAUGCUCUUGAGAUUUGAUCUUCCUUCUACUGUUUUCGUUUCUUGUUAUCCUCCUCUGUUCUCCAUCUGCUCUACUUAAUAUUUGGUCCCACAUCUGCCAGACACAAACUGUCAAAUCAAGUCAUUUUUAACACAACUGAUGUAUAAAAAAAGCUUUUGAGCAAAUUUGUGAGAAACUGUCAGUGGUAACAAGUUAGGCAGUUCUGGGAGGAGGACGCCUAGAGGGUUUGCUUCUGCAGUGCUUGAGUGAGUGAGGUUUAUUUUUAGGACUGUGUAAACCCUGUUAAUAAGGUUUUGGGAAACUUCCUUUCGGAAUCGGACCAUGGUAGUUGAAAAGAAAAGGCACAGUCGUGAGCAGGUUAGCGUUUUUCGUCAUGUAUCUUGUUCUGGAGGCAGCUUUGUGGAGUGGUCACUAGCUAGCACAGCCACAAAGUCAUAAAAUCUGAUUUUAAACCUAACACUAACAUAUACAUAAACCACACUGCUAACUAUGAUGCCUAACCCUAACCUUAAAUCAGACCAAAGAGCUAAUACAUGUUUACAAUAUAGCCAUUUUUGACUUUGCAGCUGGCCCAUCUAGUGAAAAUCGCUCAGUUCUGCAUCAAGGACAAGACUCGUCCCGAAAAACGUCAACCUGCCAGUUGUGAUCAGAUUUUCAUCUAGAAUCUAGAUCACAUCUAUAGAUCAUAUCCUUUUUUAUGUGAGGCAAAAGCUCCAUCUCAUGACAAUCCUUCUCCUUAUUUUUACCUGUUUAAACCAAUAGUCUCAAGGGAGACAACAAUCACAGCUAAUCAAAUGUCAAAUCAUUAUUACUGCCCCAUACAUGUUCCCACAAUGUAGAUGCUGUAGGUUCAAACUCACCUCUAGUACAGUCUAUGAGAAUUGAAAUAGGUGAGCUUAAAGAAUGUUUGUUCUCCCUUAGUUUUUGAACUGAAUAGAGAAAAAGGGAGAAUGAGAGAAGUUAAAUAGGUCAGUCUCCAGAGAUGAUGCGUUUUAUCUGGGAAAUCACCAAUACUGCCAAUAGGUGCCAUAAUUAAGACCGGGGGGUGGGCUCUGUGCUUGAUCUCCUCGCCCUUUGUGUGCUGUCUCUUUACUCUAUGAAGACAUCCCUCUGAUUUCCUUUUAAUAAAUAUUUCAGGCCUGUAAUGAUUUUGUGCAGCUGCACCAUGUCUGCGGGCGUUCUGAGCAAGCAAAUCAAUUACUUUCCCUCUCGCUAAUGAUGUCAGGAUGCGUUCCCUGUCAAACUGUCAGGAAAGUAAGGGCAGUCUCGUAAGGUUUGGGCUUGAACACGGUAACAUCACACGCUACACCUGAGGUAGUUUUCCUUUUUACCUCAAUGUACAACCUUUUGAGGUGUUCCACAGGGGUAUAGCCUGGGGCCCUUGAAAUUUCUGGCAAUCGUCAUUCUGGUUGUCAUUUCCCCUCAGUGUUCUGAAUUUAUCUGACAAGCAAUCUCAGGGAUAAGAAGGUAGGUAUAGGCUAGGUAGCAUCUGUGAUAUCCUUCUGUCCUUCCUUGCUAAAGAAUAGUGAUGUACCUGAAAUAAAUGUGUCUUCUCCCUUGCAGGUCGAAAUCGGGUUUAGACAAAGAACCAGGCUUAGUUCACCUGGAAACCAUCAUCUCCGAAGGACGUGAGUAAUUCAAUUUUCAGAGUUCCUGCUCUGUUCCUCAAUUUUCUGGUGUCUCUACUGUACCAUGAGCCUUGAACUCAAGUGGAAAGUGAUUGGGGGGGUAUGAAGGGCUACGGGCCACACGAUUGAAGGGUAAUAUGAGGAGGCAGUUGUAAUGCACCGGCGCGGGAGACACACAAUGACGAUUGAGAAAAGCAAUGCAUAUAUUAGAAUGCCUUUAAAACCAGAGUGAUCCUGAUACUCAACAUUCUGAAUGUCAAUGAAUGGAUGGAAACACAAUUGUCACCUGUCCAUGUUUUGGCAGAACAGAAUUCAGUUUAAUGGAUCUACCUGAUACAGUAACACACCCUUGUGACAGCGCAAGCCUUGCCCCUGUACGUCCAUCACCCAUUGAUCAUGCGGCUCGCUGUGUGAACCGGACAACAUAGUUAGCUGAAGCCUAACACACAGGGACAGCCAGUCCCACACCUCUGUCCCCACCUCACACCACAAUUGAGGGGAAAGAAAGCAAUUGGCCUCCCUGGUCCACCCUCCAAUUUCCCCUCGCUUUUCGCUCGCCACUUUAUUGACGCAAUUAAUGUAAGACACCUGAUGGAAGGCUAGCUCGCGGUGAAGGCUACAUGUCCCCCACUGGCUAAUAUGAUCAUUGGUUCAAUGGCUGCGGUUUCUUCUUUCCGUGUGUGCAGAGGCGCUGUACGUCACCUGCAAACUGCAGAACUGCACCGAGGCCAAUAAAGGCAAGCCGUUCCCCGGCUACAUUGACCCCAAUUCCCUUGUGGUGCAAGACGAGUAUGUGUUUGUCCAGGUAGGUAAUUGCCCAUAUCUGAUGUGAACCGGAAGUUAGAAGGACAUGAACCAGAACAGAUGUAUGUGUGAGAGAGAACAUGUUAUAGGAUUAUCGGAAAUGUUGAAGAUCAUAUUACUCUUAAGUGUUUAUUUUAAGGCUGUUAUGUAUUUUUGGGAUUGAUGCGUUUUACUGCUGAACAUGUUUUAUUGAUGUAAUCCAAAGGUGUGUGUGAGAGAGAACAUGUAAUAAGUUCCUUGGAAAUGUAUUUUAACACAGUAUAUUAAUCAGGGUUUAGUAUGUACCUUAUGCUUGAUGGGUUGUAUAUCUUGAAUGGGUUUUCAUUCAAUAGUUUCAUGACCUGCAGGUGUCAACUGGUGGGCGUCCAAUCUACUACGUGUCAGCCAAGCGGGAAGUCUUCACACCAAUGAAGUUACCCAAGUACACCUUGCCUAAGGUAUAACCCACAGACACACAUGGUCAUGCAAUGGUCAUAUACUGUUGCAAUGGUCGAUCAACAUUCCAGUGGUAAUACCACAUGGUCAUGAAAAAAACGGAAUUCUGAACUUCUUUUGUAUUAUUUUAUAUGACAGGAUAGGAACAGAAGCAGGGAGACACAGUAGAGGGAACAGAAGCUGGGAGACACAGUAGAGGGAACAGAAGCAGGGAGACACAGUAGAGGGAACAGAAGCUGGGAGACAGAGUAGAGGGAACAGAAGCUGGGAGACACAGUAGAGGGAACAGAAGCUGGGAGACACAGUAGAGGGAACAGAAGCAGGGAGACACAGUAGAGGGAACAGAAAGCAGGGAGACACAGUAGAGGGAACAGAAGCUGGGAGACACAGUAGAGGGAACAGAAGCAGGGAGGACACAGUAGAGGAACAGAAGCAGGGAGACACAGUAGAGGGAACAGAAGCUGGGAGACACAGUAGAGGGAACAGAAGCAGGGAGACACAGUAGAGGGAACAGAAGCAGGGAGACACAGUAGAGGGAACAGAAGCUGGGAGACACAGUAGAGGGAACAGAAGCAGGGAGACACAGUAGAGGGAACAGAAGCAGGGAGACACAGUAGAGGGAACAGAAGCAGGGAGACACAGUAGAGGGAACAGAAGCAGGGAGACACAGUAGAGGGAACAGAAGCAGGGAGACACAGUAGAGGGAACAGAAGCAGGGAGACACAGUAGAGGGAACAGAAGCAGGGAGACACAGUAGAGGGAACAGAAGCAGGAAGUCACAGUAGAGGGAACAGAAGCAGGGAGACACAGUAGAGGGAACAGAAGCAGGGAGACACAGUAGAGGGAAACAGAAGCAGGGAGACACAGUAGAGGGAACAGAAGCAGGAGAACGUAGGGACAGACAGGGAGACACAGUAGAGGGAACAGAAGCAGGGAGACACAGUAGAGGGAACAGAAGCAGGGAGACACAGUAGAGGGAACAGAAGCAGGGAGACACAGUAGAGGGAACAGAAGCAGGGAGACACAGUAGAGGGAACAGAAGCAGGGAGACACAGUAGAGGGAACAGAAGCAGGGAGACACAGUAGAGGGAACAGAAGCAGGAAGACACAGUAGAGGGAACCUAAGUGUUUAGGGCUCAUGCCGGGAACAAACCGGGAUCCCUGCCGCAGAUAUAUGGUUCCGGAAGUGAGAGUGUUUCCCACUUGACCAGACUCCGGUCCAGUGGUUAUAUAUCUAUGUUUCAACCUACCUUAAAUGCAUCAGAAUAAUAAUCUCAAUGGGAAUUCAAAGCUAUGCCAUCAUGAGACCAACACUGGAAACAACACAGGUAGCUUUCUAUCCAGCGUCUCUUUGUUAUUUAUGAGUGAACUGAGGCCUCUCUUGUGCCCUUCCCACCUCUCCAUUGACAAUUAAACAUGUUGUAUUCAAUCAAGCCCUGGGCCAUCCUAUUCUCUCUCUCUCUCUCUCUCUCUCUCUCUCUCUCUCUCUCUCUCUCUCUCUCUCUCUCUCUCUCUCUCUCUCUCUCUCUCUCUCUCUCUCUCUCUCUCUCUCUCCACACUGAGAUGUUGCAGGCGCAGUCAGAGGUAGAUGAAAUUCACUAGCGAGAACAGCGUGUGUCCCUUUGUGUUAGUGCGGGCCGACAAGCACACAAUUCAAGUUAAUAUGUGUAAUAUCCUCCUUGCCGGAGUUACGUUGGUGAGAAUGAGGUCUGAUACUGAUUUAUUCUUAUGAUUAAACCCAGCAGGGGUGGGAUGGGUAAAUUGGGUAGACGGGGGUUCUCGAAAGGCCACUGUAAUACACCCGUUGGCAUAUUACAAUUAGCAGGCGUUGAUUGUGACUACAUGGAAUUCAAAACUGAUUCAAAGUGUCAAUUUUAUUUAAGGUUAAUCAAGGGGGAGGUUAGAUUCGAUUAUGAUUUAUGUUAUUUUCUUGUGAUUAUGCGCUGGAUUAAUUAAAAUGCAUUCUAAGUGGGUAGAUGCUCGCAGAAGUUGUCAUCUCCAUGGGGGAGCUACAGUAGUUAGAUAUAGUAUCAAAUCAACAUUUUAUUUAAUCAGAUCACUUCCACUGUACUAUACUUCUGAAGCAGUAGAUUGUUUUUGUCUUACAUUACUGGUGAAAAGGAGGGGGAAGUUACACAUUUUGAGAGUUACAUACUGCAUCACCUCUGUUCUAAAAUUGGAGGUGUGAGUUUGAGUCUGUGUUGCUUGAUACUCUCUUCAUUAAGUUGUUCAUUCCAGUGUAAUUGCACUGUAAUUACUAUUGUGUAAGUGAAAUUAGUUGGCCUGCAUGUCAUGAAUUAAACCUGAUUGUGUCACCAAUGUACACUAAUUGAAAUGGUUAGCUACCAACUAAUUAUUGAAUUGUAAUGCUGUAAAAAUGAUUCAUUUAAAUGUUCAAUUAGUUACCAAUAUAUAUACACACUCAGUGUACCAAACAUUAAGAACACCUUCAUAAUAUUGAGUUGCCCUCAGAACAGCCUCAAUUUGUCGCGGCAUGGACUCUACAAGGUGUCGAAAGCGUUCCACAAGGAUACUGGCCCAUGUUGACUCCAAUGAUUCCCACUGUUGUGUCAAGUUGGCUGGAUAUCCUAUGGGUGGUGGACCAUUCUUGAUACACACAGGAAACUGUUGAGCGUGAAAAACCCAGCAGCGUUGCAGUUUUUGACACACUCAAACUGGUGCGCCUUACACCUACUACCAUACCCCUUUCAAAGGCACUUAAAUAUUUUGUCUUGCCCAUUCACCCUCUGAAUGGCAUACAUACACAAUCCAUGUCUCAAUUCUCUCAAUGCUUAAAAAUGCUUCUUUAACCUGUCUCCUCCCCUUCAUCUACACUGAUUGAAGUGGAUUUAACAAGUAACAUCAACAAGGGAUCAUAGCUAGUCAUGGAAAGAGCAGGUGAUCCUAAUGUUUUGUACAGUCAGUGUAUAUUAGUCUGUAAUUAAUUGCACCUUAAAAAUGUAUGUAUUUGUUCCAAUUACAUGAAACAGUAUAUAUGCAACUUAAUGUCAAAUGUAACCCGCUGACAUUCUUUUUCUGCUAGGACCUGCAUGUGAUCAGUACGGAUGAGAACCGGGUGGUUGCGGCGGUGCAGGAGUGGAACCAGAACGACACCUACAACCUGUACGUGUCAGAGACUGGAGGGGUCUUCUACACCCUGGCCCUGGAGAACGUAGUCAGCAGCAUGGGGCACGAGGGCAACGUCAUGAUAGACCUGUAUGAGGUAAAUAUACAGCGCCAUGAUUGACCUGUAUAAGGUAAAUAUACAGCGCCAUGAUUGACCUGUAUGAGGUAAAUAUACAACGUCAUGAUAGACCUUUAUGAGGUAAAUAUGCAACGUCAUGAUAGACCUUUAUGAGGUAAACAUACAACGUCAUGAUAGACCUGUAUGAGGUAAAUAUACAGCGCCAUGAUUGACCUCCUGUACAUGUACAAAGUCAAUAUACUGGAGAUAAGGUAGAUCUACCUGUUUGUGUGCCUGAGGCUAGUCUAGUGGGUAACACUGCUGCCUGCAGCACAUAUGUCAUCCUGGCUCCACUGCUUCUCUGAAUAUUCCUCCCUCUCUGUCUCUCUGCUCAUCUCUACCUAUCUCUGUGUCAAUAAAAUAAAAAUACUGUAAAUCAUAUAUAUAUAUAAAUACAGUGAGGGAAAAAAGUAUUGAUCCCCUGCUGAUUUUGUACGUUUGCCCACUGACAAAGAAAUGAUCAGUCUAUAGUUUUAAUGGUAGGUUUAUUUUAACAGUGAGAGACAGAAUAACAACAAAAAAAUCCAGAAAAAUGCAUUUUAAAAAUGUUAUAAAUUUAUUUGCAUUUUAAUUAGGGAAAUAAGUAUCAAUCAGAAAGAUUUCUGGCUCCCAGGUGUCUUUUAUACAGGUAACGAGCUGAGAUUAGGAGCACACUCUUAAAGGGAGUGCUCCUAAUCUCAGCUUGUUACCUGUAUAAAAGACACCUGUCCACAGAAGCAAUCAAUCAAUCAGAUUCCAAACUCUCCCAAAGAGCUCUCCAAGGAUGUCAGGGACAAGAUUGUAGAACUACACAAGGCUGGAAUGGGUUACAAGACCAUCGCCAAACAGCUUGGUGAGAAGGUGACAACAGUUGGUGCGAUUAUUCUCAAAUGGAAGAAACCCAAAAUAACUGUCAAUCUCCCUCGGCCUGGGGCUCCAUGCAAGAUCUCACCUCGUGGAGUUGCAAUGAUCAUGAGAACAGUGAGGAAUCAGCCCAGAACUACACGGGAGGAUCUUGUCAAUGAUCUCAAGGCAGCUGGGACCAUCGUCACCAAGAAAACAAUUGGAAACACACUAUGCCGUGAAGGACUGAAAUUCUGCAGCGCCCGCAAGGUCCCCCUGCUCAAGAAAGCACAUAUACAGGGCCCUCUGAACUUUGCCAAUGAACAUCUGAAUGAUUCAGAGGAGAACUGGGUGAAAGUGUUGUGGUCAGAUGAGACCAAAAUCGAGCUUUUGGCAUCAACUCAACUCGCCGUGUUUGGAGGAGGAGGAAUGCUGCCUAUGACGCCAAGAACAUCAUCCCCACCGUCAAACAUGGAGGUGGAAACAUUAUGCUUUGGGGGUGUUUUUCUGCUAAAGGGACAUGACAACUUCCGCAUCAAAGGGACGAUGGACAGGGCCAUGUACCGUCAAAUCUUGGGUGAGAACCUCAUUCCCUCAGCCAGGGCAUUGAAAAUGGGUCGUGGAUGGGUAUUCCAGCAUGACAAUGACCCAAAACACACGGCCAAGGCAACAAAGGAGUGGCUAAGAGGCUCCUCUGUCCUCCACUCGUUACCUGUAUUAAUGGCACCUGUUUGAACUUGUUAUCAGUAUCAAAGACACCUGUCCACAACCUCAAACAGUCACACUCCAAACUCCACUAUGGCCAAGACCAAAGAGCUGUCAAAGGACACCAGAAACAAAAUGGUAGACCUGCACCAGGCUGGGAAGACUGAAUCUGCAAUAGGUAAGCAGCUUGGUUUGAAUAAAUCAACUGUGGGAGCAAUUAUUAGGAAAUGGAAGACAUACAAGACCACUGAUAAUCUCUCUCGAUCUGGGGCUCCACGCAAGAUCUCACCCCGUGGGGUCAAAAUGAUCACAAGAACGGUGAGCAAAAAUCCCAGAACCACACGGGGGGACCUAGUGAAUGACCUGCAGAGAGCUGGGACCAAAGUAACAAAGCCUACCAUCAGUAACACACUACGCCACCAGGGACUCAAAUCCUGCAGUGCCAGACGUGUCCCCCUGCUUAAGCCAGUACAUGUCCAGGCCCGUCUGAAGUUUGCUAGUGCAUUUGGAUGAUCCAGAAGAGGAUUGGGAGAAUGUCAUAUGGUCAGAUGAAACCAAAAUAUAACUUAUUGGUAAAAACUCAACUCGUCGUGUUUGGAGGACAAAGAAUGCUGAGUUGCAUCCAAAGAACACCAUACCUACUGUGAAGCAUGGGGGUGGAAACAUCAUGCUUUGGGGCUGUUUUUCUGCAAAGGGACCAGGACGACUGAUCCGUGUAAAGGAAAGAAUGAAUGGGGCCAUGUAUCGUGAGAUAUUGAGUGAAAACCUCCUUCCAUCAGCAAGGGCAUUGAAGAUGAAACGUGGCUGGGUCUUUCAGCAUGACAAUGAUCCCAAACACACCGCCCGGGCAACGAAGGAGCGGCUUCGUAAGAAGCAUUUCAAGGUCCUGGAGUGGCCUAGCCAGUCUCCAGAUCUCAACCCCAUAGAAAAUCUUUGGAGGGAGUUGAAAGUCUGUGUUGCCCAGCGACAGCCCCAAAACAUCACUGCUCUAGAGGAGAUCUGCAUGGAGGAAUGGGCCAAAAUACCAGCAACAGUGUGUGAAAACCUUGUGAAGACUUACAGAAAACGUUUGACCUGUGUCAUGGCCAACAAAGGUUAUAUAACAAAGUAUUGAGAAACUUUUGUUAUUGACCAAAUACUUAUUUUCCACCAUAAUUUGCAAAUAAAUUGUCUGUCAUAGUUGACGUGUACCUAUGAUGAAAAUUACAGGCCUCUCUCAACUUUUUAAGUGGGAGAACUUGCACAAUUGGUGGCUGACUAAAGACUUUUUUCCCCACUGUAUGUAAUGUUAGAAACAGAGGUGGUUUGCACGAGAGUGAAACCUUGAGAUACCAAUUGCCUUCAUCUUUCCUGAGACCGGAAGUGAAUUGUUGCCUCUGGAGCUAUGCUGUGGAACACAUAUACCACAUACUCUAGUGGUAUAUAGGCCUAGGUCUAUAGUUGGCUUUGAAGUGUGGCGUCCCUGUGGGGGCAUAAUAUCGAAUGCAGACAGAGUUGGAAGAAGUACAAACUAUACAGUUUCAAAGUGUUCAACCGCCAAGCACUUUGAGAUAUUGAAUGAUUCCCAAUGACACAGUUGACAGAUGGAAUGAAUAUAUCACUAAUAAUAACCAUCAAACACAGCCUCGUUUCAACGCAAUCUUCCCAAAUAGACCUGUUCUUUCUCUAUAUUACCUUCUCCAGUAAUAUUAGGUUAUAUAGACUAGCGAUCAAUGUGGGGGAGUUUGACGACCAGGAGGUGUAGAGUAUAAAGUAAUCUCCUGUCACUUUUGGAAGUAAACCGAGUUGCUGUUCCAUUUUCAAAGGCGCUUUGGAAUGAACACAGAAGCAGUUUCAAACUGCUGACGUGCACAUUAUUUCCUUUGAUGAAUAACUGCAGAUAUUAGCUUACAUACCUGAUACAAACGUGGGGCCCACUGUAUACCAGAUUGCCAGGGAAGAAAAUAUCAAUGGAAUGGGUAUCAGCUCCAUGGAAAAUCAAAUAAUUAGACUGUUGAUGAUAUACCAGCCGUGUCUAAACCCCUCAUUUGGCCUUGUGAUCGGCGAUAGAAUCAAAUUCAGUCCCUUGAUUGGGGUCGGGGACCCGAAACAUAGCAUAUGCUAAAAUCUGAGCUCCAGGCGAGAUUGAAGUAUCUGUCAAUUAUUGACGAGAAGGGAGUGCUUGGCUGAUGCAUGUGAGGACUUCAACUCAAUUUCAUAUUCAGAGUUAUUUCCCAAUCCCCCAAGUCAGAUUAACUUAGGACAUGUAUCUUACUACAUACAGAGUGUCUCUAGAGUAUAGACGAUAAAUUGCAUCUUAUUUAUUUUGUAAUAUAUGGCUUUUAGCGAGAUGUUCUCACGCUUUUAUGGUAAUAGGAUGUUUGUGUGUAUCGCCAGAGGGGAUCUACUGUAAUGUGCAUCAUAAUAUAUUGUGCUCUGCUUAAUGCAGCAGAUAUGAUUAUGAUACAGAUGUCUCUUUUUUUGCUGAGAAUUUUCCCGCACCGCAGAAAAUGCAGAUGAGCUUCAUGAUUUCCUUAAAUUCACUGAAAACCCGCACUAACACACGGUUAUGUAGCCUACUUUUUGCCAGCUAAUAGCCUAACCACCGAUCAAGGUACAUUAUGGACUAAACAUUCAAAUCCUGUUGCUGCAGGAUUAUUUUGCUGUGACAAUAUAGGUCUAAUUAAGAUGCUACAUCUGUAUCGCAAUCAUAUCUCCUGCAUUAAGCAUAGCACAAUAUAUUAUGAUGCACAUCACAGUAGAUCCCCUCUGGCGAUACACACAAACAUCCUAUAACCAUAAAAGCGUGAUAACAUCUAGCUAAACACAAUAUAAUAUAUGUUUGUAUUACAAGAUACGUAAGACUUGAUUUAUUGUCUAGACUCUAUGAAAAUGCGUAAUAUUAGUCAGGUAUUUUUAUCCCUCAUCCAUUAUCUUGAUGAGACAGCCUGGUCUCGUAUUUUGUUCAUUACAUACUUACACUUUUGACUUUUUAUGUUAAUAAAAGACAAAAAAUAACAUAAGACCACUUUUAGUUGAGAACAGUGUGUCUGACUAUUUCCCUAUAAAUAGGUCUAGAACCUUCCUUGAAGUAACCACUCAUUAUUAGACAAGCUACAAUUUGGUGCUGUUAGCAGGGUAUAAUAGAAGUAUUACAUCUUCCAAACAUGUUUUCCCUAAUCUCUAUCUCCUAGGUGGCGGGUAUAAAAGGGAUGUUCCUCGCCAACAAGAAGAUGGACAACGUGGUGAAGACCUAUAUAACCUACAACAGAGGGAGAGACUGGAGGCUACUGCAGGCUCCCAUUGCUGACCUGAGGGGCAACAGCAUCCACUGUGAACUAGUGAGGACACACACAUGCAUGCACACACACACACACAAAAACACACACACACGGAUACACACACACCACACAAACAGAUGCACGCAUGUACCAAACACGCAUGGAUACACACAUGGAUAUACACACACGUCAUAACACUGUUGGACUUGUCAAUGGGGCCUUGUCAGAAGUUGACUGAUCUGGGCCGUUGCCGCGGUGCUGAGGUGGUGAAGGAAGGGGGAUAGAGCUCUGAAAGAGCACUGCUCGUCAAAUCUGAGCGCUCCGGAGGUUGGGCAGCCGAGGAAGCUAGCGGAGCUGAAAGGUCAGCCAUUUUGAUUUUGAUCCAGUCCAAUAAACUGAUCUCACGUUUAGAGAGAGACGUGUCAGAAAGAGAGAGAUAAAGAGAGAGAGAUAAAGAGAGAGAUAAAGAGAGAGAUAAAUAGAGAGAUAAAUAGAUAGAUAAAGAGAGAGAUAAAGAGAGAGAUAAAGAGAGAGAUAAACUAUGCCUUUCUUUUCUUUGUUUCUCCACAAACUUGGGUGUUGAUUGUUCAUGCUAGCUAGUAGCUACUUUCAAUGGCCAAAGUUGAGAUUUUUGCUAUAUUGUUUAUUCAGUGUCUUUCUUAUUUAUUUUUCACCUCUUUCUCUUCCCAAUGUCGUGAUAUCCAAUUGGUAGUUACAGUCUUGUCCCAUCGCUGCAACUCCCGUACGGACUCGGGAGAGGCGAAGGUCGAGGGCCUUGCAUCCUUCGAAACACGACCCUGCCAAGCUGCACUGCUUCUUGACACACUGCUCGCUCAACCUGGAAGCCAGCCGCACCAAUGUUGUCAGAGGAAACACCGUCCAACUGGCGACUGUGUCAGCGUGCAUGCGCCCGGCCCGCCACAGGAGUCACUAGAGUGCGAUACGACAAGGACAUCCUGGCCGGCCAAACCCUCCCCUAACCUGGACGACGCUGGGCCAAUUGUGCGCCGCCUCAUGGGUCUCCCGGUUGUGGCCGGCUGCGACACAGCCCGGGAUCGAACCCGGAUCCGUAGUGACGCCUAUAGCACUGCGAUGCAGUGCCUUAGACCGCUGUGCCACUCGGUAGGCCGGUGUAUUUCUAAUAGUUAAGCGUACUGGCCGUCUAAAAGGCUCAAAGUAACACGUAUUUGCUCUAAUGGUCAGCUUUAUUACAGUGUAUAUUAUAGAUACAGGUCCCAAUCAGCCAAGGGGUAGAGCAUAACCCCUUUUCAGCUCCCUUAAUACACCCUCAAAGAAUGACCCUUUGAUAAAGUAAUUAGUGAUUCGAGAGCGCACCUCGCCUUCGCCCAGUAUUAUGCAGUCAUUUGUCAGAAAAUGUCAGCCUUUUAAUAAACCUCAAAACACAACACACAACACACAACACACACGCUCGCACCACUGGCAUUUGCAGUGUCCUAAUGAGAAUUGUGUAGCUAAAGGUUAUUCCAAUCAAAAUGAAUGGUGGAAGGAGCCAAUGGGGAGUAGUGUUUGUGUGAGGAUUUAUGAUAGGGUGGGGUUGUGUGUGUGUGCACAUGCGUGCGUAUGUUCGUGUGUGUGUGCGUGCAUUCAUGCUUGCGUCAAUAAAUCCCACCUCCAUGGCCAUUUGCUUGGAGGUCUUCUCUAAUGAGUGUUUGUGUUGACAUACAGAUAGGUCUAUUCUGUUGACAGAUCUUCCCCCUCCUUUGUUAAUGAGUCUGGCUAACUGUUCUGUUUGUCUUUCCUCCCCAGCCAUACUGUUCCCUACACCUCCACCUGCAUGUGUCAGCCAACCCCUACACGUCAGGGAAUAUCGAGAGUAAGGACUCUGCACCGGGGAUCAUUGUGGCCUCAGGUAGGUGAACAUGGGAUUUUAUUUAAAGUGACAGUGUGGAUUUGUAAAGUUACGUUUAUUGCGAAAUGUGAAGCUCAGAUACUUGAGGGUUUUCUUUGACUUAAUGAGUUGAAUUUAGAUAACUUACUUACUUUAUCGUUCCGGGAAGAUCAAAUAGGCCUGUAUUAAAGUUUUCAAACACUGCCAGUUAUACAAUUUAGGGGUUUCAUUAAUGUUGGAAAUAUAUUUGGAUUUAAAUGAUGUACUCAGCCCAAAGCAUUUCCUGGAAAGGUUUUUGAUCCAGCAUACUUUAGGACGGCCAUGCAUAAUAUUUGUUGUUGGCCCAUACUGACGUCCCAGCGCUGUCACCACUGUGCGUCGUAUACAGAUAGCUAAGUGCUACACUUGGGAAUUGUAGAGUGGGACAGCAUCUUCAGAGUGCCUUCUGUUCCUCUUAAGUGCCUUUUCUUAUUCUCCUACAGUCACUGCCUGACUAGCGCCCUUCUUUUGUAUUUUAUAUUGUGCUGUAUGUAACUGUUGACUCUUCAUGACACACUGCUUAUCACUGGCUUUACAUGGCUCUUUCAGUCAGAUAUGACAUUCUCCCAUUUGCACAUGAACAGAGACAAAAUAUAUGGUUUCGCAAUGUUAAAAUAACACCUUUGCCACCUAACUGAACAUGUUUCUAUAAAGGGACAUUUUGUUAUAUCGUUUAUUUUUAUUUUUUACAAACACCCAGCCCUACCAUCCACAGUCAGUUUUUCUCUCCCACGGGAACCUAGGUGGCAGCAUGUCUGUGUCAACUCAAAUGUGUGGCCAAACACAGGAAACCACAUUCCGGAAACCCACAAUGGUGCACAAAACUAUACCAUCACGGUUUAGCCCUUUAUGGCUGGCUACCGGGCGUCCGGGCACAGGAGGGCAUGUCUGCUCGAUGCACUCAUCAUCUCCCCACCAUUACUUGAGUAAAACAAACACCACAGGAGGAUCAGAGACUAUGUUGUGUCCCAAAUAUCACCCUAUUCCCAAUAUAGUGCACUACUUUUGACCAGAGGCUAUGCACUAAAUAGGGAAUAGGGUGCCAUUUUGGACGCAGUCUGUCACUAUCAGCAUCAGUCUCAGAAUGGCUUCCCAUUUUAGCUGUAGGGCUUUUAAUUCCUGCUGGGCUAGACUAGUCUAUGACAUAUCUCCACACACCGUAGGAGUCAGGAGUGGGACUAGUCUACUACUGUACAGUGCCAUGUGGUCUCUGGAGAACUGAAGGGCUAGGACUUCAUAGGGAAGUAUGACUGGCAUAGUAUGACAAAAGGUAUAUCGUCUAUCGCUAGUACAAGUAGUAUUGUUAUUACAGAAUAUCUCUGUAUCCAUUAUAUAUAAUAUUAUAUAUAUAAUGUAACUGACUGUGUUUAGCUGAGUCAUGGCUCUGGAACAACAGCUGUGGGACCAGUCAUUUACAUAUAAACACACACAUAGUAUUUGCACAUCUCUGUAUCCAUACUGUAACCUACAGUGUUUUGCUGGGUCAUAUAUCUCUAAAGCAAAAAAAAAAAAAAAAAAACGCUGUAGGGAAAGUGAGCAGAGCUCUGUUGCACCUCAACACUGGAUAAAAGCCCUUAAUCCUAGUGUACAAAUCAAAUCAAAUUAAAUCAAAUCACAUUUCAUUUGUCAAAUGCGCCGAAUACAACGGGUGUAGACUUUACCGUUAAAUGUUUGCUUACGAGCCCUUCCCAACGAUGCAGAGUUAAAAAAAUUAUAAUAAAAAGAAAAAUAGUAACACAAGGAAUAAAAUACACAAGAAUGGAGCUAUAUACAGGGAGUACCAGAUCAAUGUGCAGAGGUACAAGGUAUUUGAGGUAGAUAUGUACAUGUAGGCAUGGUAAAGUGACUAGGCAUCAGGAUAGAUAAUGAUAAGGUAUUUGAGGUAGAUAGGUACAUGAAGGCAGGGUAAAGUGACUAGGCAUCAGGAUAGAUAAUAAUAAGAUAUUUGAGGUAGAUAUGUACAUGAAGGCAGGGUAAAGUGACUAGGCAUCAGGAUAGAUAAUGAUAAGUCAAACAAAGAACAGUAGCAGAGGCAUACAGAAUGCAGCGUGGAGAGAGAUGAUUUGGAGGGCGGGAUUGAUGGAGAGGGGGAGGAAGGGAGGCUCUGGGGGUUACACCCUGGAACAGUGUUAAUAAGGAGGGAGGAGAGAGAGAGAGAGAGAGAGAGAGAGAGAGAGAGAGAGAGAGAGAGAGAGAGAGAGAGAGAGAGAGAGAGAGAGAGAGAAGAGAGAGAGAGAGAGAGAGAUGAGAGAGAGAGAGAGAGAGAGAGAGAGAGAGAGAGAGAGAGAGAGAGAGAAACUCUGAGGGUUAUACCCUGGAACACUUCUCCUCUAGCCUCAUGUUAAACCACCGGACUCUAAUUAGCCACUAAAUGGGGGUAAUUAUAGUAGAAGACUCAACAGCCACAGUCUGAUAGCAGAGGUCUUUAUAUGAUAGAGGAGACUGGAUGGUUAAUACAGCACAGUAAGUGGACUAUAUUACUGUGAUGAGUUCGGAAACCUUUUUUAGUUAUCAAUGUAUGAAAGGACACGACUGACUUUGACUCUAGUAUACAAUCUGUGCGUCCUUCAGGAAGAAAUGUCAUUAAUCACUUCUGUAAUGUAAGACACUUCCUGUAUGACUUUCAAUGUUUUAUUAAGGUAAUGUACAGUACAUCAGGCAGCUGUGGAAUUUUGGAUUUUAUUUAAAUCAGCCCCACACCCUCAAGGAUAUCAGUAGUUUAGCACUUGGCUAAAGUCAUACGGGACUCUCUCAUGCCGAUCACUUCACCCAACCUCCCCCCACCCCUCUCCUCAGGCUCCAUCGGAGCGGAGUUGACCACCAGCAACGUGAGCAUGUUCAUCACCUCGGAUGCCGGCAACACCUGGAGACAGGUGAGGAGCAGGAAGAGCAAAGUUUGUGUGUGUGUGAGAGAGAGAGAUCCUCACCAUCUCAACAACUACAUCAUCAUCCUCUCAGGAUGGUGUUUAAUCCAACACCACUCCGCCCGCCGCUGUGAUUUAGUGCAGAUAAUCAAAUGAGAUUUCGAGACUAAUUUUAUUCGGUAGCCCCCCUGCCUUUGCCCAUACAACGAUGCCUGUGGGUGGGUGUCUUUGUCACCUCUCCUCUACCUCCCUUAUUUGACGGCCGCAAUUUCAAUUUAUGGGGCCUCGUGUCUAAUUAAAGGACACAGAUGAAAAAUAAUUAAAAGAGAAUUGACGCGGCAACGUCAGACCACAUUGGAGUGUGAUGUGUUUUGGUUUUGAGGAAGAGAGAGGGAGGGAGAGAGAGAGGGAGGGGGAGGGGUUUCUGAUGUAUUAUCAUCUUGCUGAUUUGAGCCAUAACUAAUUUCAGGUGUGUGUGUAAGGGGUGUGUGUGCAUAUGUGUGUGUACUUUCGUUCAUUAGGUUGCUCUUUCAUCAACAUUAAAGUCUUGGUCUUGGUAAUCUAUAACGCUAGUCAUUUGAUGAGUUUAUACUUUAUACCUUUUGUCUUUCAGAUCUUUGAUGAGGAGUACAGUGUUCUCUACCUGGACCAAGGAGGGGCUCUGGUGGCUAUAAGACACACUCCACUCCCCAUCCGACACCUAUGGUGAAUCUCUAUUAGAGAAAUAUCAUUUGUCAUGGUUUGCAUCGACUCUCUCUCUCUCUUUCAAUUUCUCUCUCCCUCUCUUCCUCUCUCUCUCUCUCUCUCUCUCUCUCUCUCUCUCUCUCCUCUUUCUCUCUCCCUCUCCUCUCUCCUCUCUCUCUCUCUCUCUCUCCUCCUCCUCUCUCUCUCCGCCUCUUCCUCUCCUCUCCUCCUCCUCUCUCCUCUCUCCCUACCCGCGCAGACCCUGGUCCCUCCCCUCUCCUCAUCUCUCUCUCUCGUCCUCCUCUCUCCUCUCCUUCCAUCUCUAUCAAGGAAGACUCAAUCCUCACGUUCCCACAACCCUGAUAGCGUAAUGAGUAUGUCUAAGAACAUAGGAAGUUAUUAGUGUAAUUCCGAACCAGUAGGCCGUGAGAUAUUCUCCUCCUUUGACGAUUGCCAUUCAAUUUCACCUUUCCCUGUUCGUUACUUGAUGUAAGCCUUGCCUUUCAGUGCCUUUGGAAUGCAAGUGAUCAUAUCCUGUGUCAUGGUGGAAUAAUUUUAAUAUAGUUUUUAUUAGUUUGAUAAGACACUGGAGAAGAUGUGUGUUUUCUCCCAUAGAGAUGUAUAAAAUACUGUAAUAUUAUACACAAUAAUAUGUUCUAAUUCUGUCAGUUAUGGCGUGUGCCAGCAGUAUACCACUGCUGGCUUGGCUCUGAAGCUAAGCAGUGUUGGUCCUGGUCAGUCCCUGGAUGGGAGACCAGAUGCUGCUGGAAUUGGUGUUGGAGGGCCAGUAGGCGGCAGUCUUUCCUCUGGUAUAAAAAAAUAUCCCAAUGCCCCAGGGCAGUGAUUGGGGACAUUGCCCUUUGUAAGGUGCUGUCUUUUGGAUGGGACAUUAAACAGGUGUCCUGACUAUCUGUGGUCACUAAAGAUCCCAUGGCACUUAUUGUAAGAGUAGGGGUGUUAACCCCGGUGUCCUGGCUAAAUUCCCAAUCUGACCCUCAUACCAUCAUGGCCACCUAAUCAUCCCCAGCUUCCAAUUGGCUCGUUCAUCUCCUCUCCUGUAACUAUUCCCCAGGCCCUUUACUGUAAAUGAGAAUAUGUUCUCAGUCAACUUGCCUGGUAAAAUAAGGGAUAAAUAAAACGUUCUUAUUCUAUUGCUAUUGUCUCUCCCAUAGAAAAUACUAUAAUGCUGUUAAAUACACUAAUGGAGUUCUAAUUCUAGUUCUAUGGUUCCUCCCACAGGAUGAGUUUCGACGAGGGGAGACAGUGGAAUAA